CGCCCAUCCCAACCUCUGUCUAAAUGUAUUGGAUUCUAAUGAACCGUUUAAUUGUGUUCCUUUACAGAGAAUGACAUUUUUUCCAAACGCUAGAGGAGUCUGUCGAUUUAUAGAAGUAGAAAUCCAAUGCCUUUUGUUUUAAUUUCCCUCUUGCGCCAGGUAAGUCACGAUAGGUAAAAUACUGCAUUAAUUGACCGUAAUAAGUUUAGGCAGGGUAAUAAUUUCUAAGAGAUUUGCAGACCUGAAAUAAGGCUUUUAUGUAGCUGAAGUAUAGAUUUUUAGGCCCAAUAAUAGGAUCUCACUGACCGUCUUAUCCAUUGCAGGAAAAAAGAGUUUUUUGAUCAAAGGAGGAACCCAAGAAAACUACUCUGCGGUCAUCCUCGCACCCGAAGACUCUCAGCUUGCUCACAUCGCAAUCGUCGUGGUGAACAAAAAUGAGUUUUUCCCAGGUAUAUUUUUUCGUGUUCUUUGCUUUCAAAUAAAAAGUAACUUUUAUUUUUACUAUUAAAUAAGAGAUAUAUCUCAGUAACGCUUCACUGUACUUUCAUGAAUCAACGUUCUUGCAGAGCUUCCCGGCGCCAGCUGCAUAAAACCUUUUAUCUCCGACCCGUUCUAUUCGCCGCCGAUUUCUGUAGUCUUGGAUGGAAGUAUAGGGGUAACUCAGGACAUAUGCAUUUUGGUUUCCCUAAUUUGACUCGCAGGUUUUAUAUGUCUGCAUGAAUUUAAAGUCUGUGAUUCAUAAAAUACUGCAAGAGUUUUGUUGAAUCCAUUUUUCUGUCUUAAGGAUGUCAGGCUCUUGGGAAACAUAAGCAGAUAUGAACCGGGUUCAGUCAACAAAAGCCUGCAAAUAAUUCUCCCAUACGGUACGUUAUAAACUACUUUACCGAUCUCAUGAAGUAUGGUCCGAAAUUAUAAAAUAAGCAUCCGAUUAGAAGGGAUUACUCAAGUUUGUGUGCAAUAUUGAUUGUCUUGCGACAUAAUGCCGUGGUAUUUGACAAACCCCAAGAUACUUGCUUUUAGGUGCGCUUUCUUUAGGCCGCUUACAAAAACCCUACUCGGUAAAAAAUGACCACUAAAUUAGUUUGUGCUUUCUAUUGGUUUUAGAUGUCCUUAUAAAUGCAAAAACAUUUUGCCAAAAUCAUGCACGAAAGUACUUUUCCUCGUAAUUAUUUAGCAGCAACUCACGCCUUCGUCUGAUUUUAGACUCAAAGACAGGGUGCUUUUCGGUUUAAAAAAUGGUUUGCAAGUCAAGAAUAAUUUAGGACUCGAUCUAACGUCACAUUUUUGUUCAGGAGGUUUAGUCUACUAACUGUGUACUUCCCGUGUGAUGAAAGACAUUCAUUCCUCUAUUCCAUUAAGCCGGUGCAAUGUGAAGUUAACAUAAUUUUGUAACGGAUGUGGGAUAUUUCCUAUUCUUCAUGAGAGACGUUACUGAACAGACAAAUAGAAUGCCCAACCUAAAAACGAUCGGUGAGCGUCCCUCUACCACUGUAUAUUCCCGGUCUCAACCGACAAGGCAACGAGCCCAUGGCUCAGUGGUUAGAGACGCUGGACUUCUAACUAACAGGUCGCAAGUUCAAGCCCCAACUGUUCUACAAUUCGGGGUUGGGUAUGAUUGGCUGACGACGUCUAAUAAGCCGGAAGUGCCCAUUCCAGUCUCCCUUGUCUCUGUCGAUAAUACCAUUCUGCCUAUAUCAUGCGCCGCUGAGCGGCUGCUGGUUGGGCUCGAGAGAGAGAGCCCGUAAGGCACAACGGGCGAGUUCCGUAGAAACGAUCGGUGAGCGCCCAUCUAUCAACCUUAAAAUCGCAUAACUGGAAACCCUUUUAAAACCGAAAGAUGCCUUUCCUUCGAGUAAAAAAUGUAAAAAAGAUCGAUCUGUUACGAAUUGAGUGCCAGAUAGAAUACUGUUCCCUACGCUUUUCACGAAAUAUGUUUAAUUUACGAGGGCAUCGACAAUCAAUGGGAAAAAUGCAUACUAAUUUAUUAGCCAUUUCUCACCGAAUGCAGUCAUUACAGGCAACCGAAAAGAAAUACAUUCAAAGACCAAUAUCCUGAUGUGUGCGUAAUAUCACGGCAUUUUGUCUCAGGAUAGUAAAUACUACAACCCACUAAAGCAAUCUUUUCCAAUUGGAUACGCAUUUCGCAAUUUUUUGUCAACAUUUCAAGAGAUCGGCCACUAAUUUUACUAUGUCCACUGUGCAAAGAAAAUAACUAACUUUGGUCUUUAUUUCAAGAACGAAUCAACGGCGAGGACUACAAGCUCAUGCACGUAACAGGACGUAUGGAAAAUGAGAGCCUGUCUUUCUCCUUGGCUGGCAGUGCUGGUUAUGGGGAAGUUUACCAAUUUUCGCCAUACGAUAACGCGCCCAUCCUGAUGUAUCCAACACACUUUCUUAAAUGGCCCCAAUCCUGCAGAUCAUCAGGCGCGUUGAAUCACAUUAAAUGGAGCGUAUCUCUUGCAGCCUUGAUGACCUUGAAUGUGCUUCUGAGCGGCAAUUAA